AUGGCAAGCGGUGCUGCUGUCUCGGGCGCGCCUUGGCACGGCUCUUACGUGGGGUGGGCCGACAGCAAGCACGGCGACGCAGCCGUUAGUGGUUACGUUUCAACAGUAGGCGAUGAAUGUUCGAGCCCAUAUUACCCGGAAACUGCGGGUGUAAAUCAAGAUGGUUGUUACGUCAGGUACUCCGACCAUACCCUCCCCGAAGGCCAACUCCACGUUGGUCCGCAUCUUCCGCUCCUUGCCGGCCGCUUUCGCUUCCUCAAGUCGCUUUCCGAAGGCGGCUCGGCACGCGUGUUUGUGGCAGAGGACACGUGGCACCCGUCGCAGAGGACGGUGGUGGUGAAGGCGAUGCACCGCCAUUAUCGCGAGGUGGGGCUGCAGGAGCAGCAGCUGCUGCGCUUCCUCAACACCAUCGUGGAUCCCCACGAUUCCUGCCGCAUCGUGCGUCUCCUCGCGGGUUUCGAGUUUCACGGCCACACGUGCCUCGUGUUAGAGCGCCUGCAAGGCAGUCUGCUCGAGCACAUGUGCCGCCCUGCCGACUCUCCGGGCUCCGCUGCCGCCGCCGCCUCCGCCGCGAACGCCGCCGCUUCCGCUGCGAACGUCGCGGCAGUCGCAGUUGCCGCGGCAGGGAUGACGGCGGGUUCGGGUGAGUCGGCGGCAGGAGGGACGGGCGAUCUGGUUGGGGCGGCAGCGGCGGCCGUGUCGGCGGCGGCGACUGCAGCAGAGACGGCAGCGGAGACGGCAGCGGCUCGGCUGGAGGAGAUUCGCAGCCUGGCUCACGAUCUGAUCGUGUCUAUCGCUGCGCUCCACGCGUCAGGCAUCAUUCACGGGGAUCUCAAACCGGAAAACAUUCUCAUGCAGCCGCUCCCGUCCCCCCCCUCCCCCCCUCGCGCGUCUUCUACCUCUGAUCCGUACGGCCGUUACGACGCGUCUGUUUCUUCUCCGUUCUUCUCCAACACCUCUACCUCCUCUCGUGUCUCCCCCGGCGGUACCGUAUCCGCCGUCGCGGCUGACAACGGUUACUCGCAGUACCCUGCGUCGCUUGGGCUCCUGUCCGCCUCCUCUGUCGGCGAUCUUAACGCGUCGCCGUGGACGGGUGGUGCGACGGAUUCCCAGGCUAAAGCCGAUGGGUCGAUGGCGGCAGGACGGUCGUCAUCGUGGCGCAGCGCGCAUGAGUCGGGGACGCCGUCGGGUUACCCGCUGCCCUACAGCGGCAGCAGCGGCGGCGCAAGCAGUCGUGCGAGCGCCGCGGCGGCGCCGCCGCAGGUGGCGGCGAAGAUCGCGGAUUUUGGGAACUCGUUCACGCCGGAGCAGAUCCGCACGCUGUGCCACGACUACAACGUGCAGACGCUCGCGUACCGCGCGCCCGAGGUGCUGCUGGGCGUGCCCUUCUCCGCCGCGAUUGACCUGUGGUCGCUCGGAUGCAUCCUCGCGGAGCUCGCGACCGGACAGCUGCUCUUCGCGUGCGAGUCCCCGCAGCACCUGCUGCAGCAGAUGGUUGCGCUGCUCGGCGUCGCCCCGCCCGCGUGCCUCUUCGGCUCCGGGAAGUUCUUCCCGAAGCUCACGGCCGCCGCGGGCGUGCCGCGCGUGUGCUGCUGCAGGACGGAGAGCGGUGGCGGGAUGGCGGUGUGCUUCCGCGGGUGCAGCGGAGGAGGGGGAGGUGGUUGGUAUGGCGGGGUUGCGGACGGAUGCGGCGGGUACUGCGCGCCGAUGGCGUUCAACAUCUUCGCUCCUGGGCACUCGCACCUGGGGGACGCGCUGGCGGCCGUGGACGCGCAGUUGGCGGAUCUGGUGGCGGGGCUGCUGCAGUACGACCCGCGCGUGCGACUCUCCGCGCAGCAGGCGCUCUCGCACCCUUUCCUGAAGCCCCUGCGCAGCUCUUCCUCCUUCGCCUCCUCCUCCUCGCUCGCCUCCAAGGACUUCUCGCACCCUCUCACUCCCUGCACCGUGCUCCCCACGCCUGCCCUCGCCUCCCCUCUCACUCUCUACUCCUAUCACCCCAACAUGCACACCAUGCCCGUGCCGUCUCUCCUCCUCCCUCCGUCCUUCACCUCUGGCUCCUCCUGGGCCGUUCCCUCUGCUGACGCGGCUACUGUCACGCCAGUUGAAGCGGCAGCGGCGGCGGCAGGAGCAGGGGGCGCGGGUGGGCACGCGGGAGCUGCUGGUGCGGCGGGUGUACCGCGCGCAAGGGAGGAGGGCUUUGGUUUGUCUGCGCUGGGGGGCGGUCAGCAGGGGUCGGGUUCUGGUCCGCAGGGGGCGCAUGGGCUCUGGUCGUUGCAGCAGGCAGCAACGAUAGCUCAGGCGGGAGCAGCAGCACCGUGCAAAGUUUCCAUGCAGCAGCAGCAGCAGCAGCAGCAGCAGCAGGGAGGGCAUGGGCAGGAGCGUGUUUCAGCAUGGGGCGGUGGUGUGAAUGGUCCGGGAAUGGAAGCGAGGAACGGAGCAGCUGGCGAGUCACAGGAUCUGUACGCAGCAGCGUCAGCUGCAGCGAUGGCGGACGCAGCAGCAGCAGCAGCGGCGGUAGGGAUGAGUGCAGGGGCGAAUGGGGACAUGAGCGGAGCACACGGGUGGUGGAGCGAGGGGUUGGGUGGGGGUCCGUGGUAUGGGGCACAGCAGGGUUCCGCUCCCGCCGCGGCAGCGCAGACUCACGCGCACUGCAUGAGCUUUGCACCUGGUGCUGCUGGCACGGGUGCUUCCGGGCAUCCCAAGGGCCUGGUGUUUGAACCUCUGAGUCCCGUGGCUGGCCGCGCGGGGACGGGCGGGGUGAGCGAGCGGGAUGCACGUGGGCUGGUGGACGUGGCGAGUACUGAGCUGCUGCUGGCGCCGAUGACUCCCUGCCAGGCCAGGGAGGGGCACGCGGUGGGAUGGGAGAGUGACGCAGCGUCAGGGAGGAAAGGGGCAAGGGGUGCAGGCGCAGGGACAGGGGCGGGUGCAGGGGCAGGAGCUGGAGCUGGGGCAGGGACGGGGGUGGAAUCAGGAACAGAAGUUGGUUCGGGGAUGAGCUAUGUUGAGCAGAUGUAUGCGGUGUAUGAGGCGCAGCAGGGGAGUGCGCAUCAGUACGUGGCCAGUGGUUAUGAGGGGCUGCAGCAGCAGCAGCAGCAGCAGCAGCAGUAUCUUCAGUACCCUCAGCACGGGGAAUAUCAGCAGCAAGUGAAGUUUCAGCAGCAGCAGGAGCAGGAGCAGCAGCAUCAGCAGCAGCAGGAGAGGGCACAGCAGCACCGUGGGGUGAUGGGAUAUGCCAGUGGGUUGUGUGGCAUCAGCAGCAACGCCAGGGAUAGCUGGACACAUCAGGAAGCAUCUUUUGCGGGAGAAAUGGGAGUAGCAGGGGCAGCAGCUAGGGUGUGUGACGAGGAGAGCAAGUGGGCGGGCGGGAGGAUGGGGGGCGCAUGUGGCGUGGAGUACAGUGAGGCACCUUGGCUUGUUGCGCAUGGCAGCAUGGGCGGUUGCGCCCCGACGACUGUCAGGCUGGGUUGUCUGCUCGACAUGGCUCGUGGGCUGUCGCAGCUCCUUCUGCUACUUCUCGCCACCGCCACAUGGCGUAUGUCUCCUCUCCAAGUCGCUGAAGCGAAGGGCUUGAGUCGGGCGUAUUACAAGGACUCGUGCCCGUACCUCGAGACGAUUGUUCGUGAGAUCGUCAUUGACGAGUUUCGCAAAGACCAAACCGUUCCGGCGCCGCUUCUUCGCCUUCACUUCCACGACUGCUUUGUCCAGGGUUGCGAUGGAUCAGUGCUGCUGAACUCGACGCCGGGCAAGAAGGCAGAGAAGGACGCCCCGCCCAACCUGUCGCUGAACGGCUUCAACAUUAUCGACCGCAUCAAGGCGGCCGUCGAGGCCAAGUGCCCCGGCGUCGUCAGCUGCGCCGACAUCGCCGCUCUUGCCGCGCGCGAUGGCGUCAGCCUGGCCGGCGGGCCGUACAUUAAGACCCAGCUGGGACGUCGCGAUUCGCGCACGUCGAAGGCCGCUCUGGCGGUGAAGUUUCUGCCCGGGCACCAGAUGGACGUGAACGCGCUGCUGAAGAACUUCGCCGCCAUCAAUCUCACGCUCGUCGACCUCGUCACGCUCUCCGGCGGCCACACCAUCGGCGAGUCGCACUGCGACACCGUCGCGCACCGCAUCGCGCCCAACCGCGACCCCACGAUCGCACGGUCCAUGCGGAAGUACCUGGAGGGCCACUGCAAGGCGCCCAGAGUCGACGGCACCAUCCCCGUCGUCCUCGACAUCAAGAGCGCUAAGCGGUUCGACAACCAGUAUUUCAAGAACCUGCAGCGCAAGUUCGGGCUUCUGACGAGCGACCAGGUGCUGAUGAUCGACGCGCGCACCAAGGACCUGGUGAACGAGUUCGCGGCGGACAAGAAGAGCUUCUUCCGCCACUUCCGCCACUCCAUGGUGCGCAUGGGCUCCUUCGGCGUGCUCACCGGCCGAAAUGGCGAGAUCCGCCGCACCUGCAGUGUCGUCAACUGA